GUGCGGUGUGCGGAGAGCAGAGCGGUUCGUCCAGUCAGCGUCCCCUCAGCAGCCCCGGGCGCCUCAGCUCAUCUCACCCACUCACUGCCUCACUCCGCUCCGCUGCAGCAGGUGACCGCGCAGGUUUCUUCAGGAUCAUCUUCUCUCUAAACGAUCUUUGGAGGAAAACCAAAACCGAUCGAUGGCCGUGACGUCACACGUGUGCUAAAAACCUAUUUUCCGUGCCGGUGGCGCGCAUGAGUGAGCGUGCACGCCCCCUCCCAGCGCAACAGCGCCGUGCUCGCGAUGAUAUGUGGGACACUGAGCCUCAGGACAAGAAGAUCCGAGGCCUCAGGAAGCUUCAGCAAUCUGCUGUCAGUUCCUGGUCUUCAUGUUCAGUCUGAGGGUGGAGGAGGAGGAGGAGAAGGAGGAGGAGAAGGAGGAGGAGAAGGAGGAGAAGAAGGAGGAGGAAGAAGAGGAGGAGGAGGAGGAGAAGAAGGAGGAGGAAGAAGAGGAGGAAGAGAAGGAGGAGAAGAAGGAGGAGGAAGAAGAGGAGGAGGAGGAGGAGGAGGAGGAGGAGGAGGAGGAGGAGGAGGAGGAGGAGGAGGAGGAGGAGAAGUAGAAGGAGGAGAAGGAGGAGGAGAAGGAGGAGAAGGAGGAGGAGAAGGAGGAGAAGGAGAAGGAGGAGGAAGAGGAAAGAUGGAACCCCCCACCACCAACAACAAAAAACUGACACUUAUUAACAUAAUAAUAAUAUAUAAUUAUGUUAUAAUUACUAUAAUUCACAUGCGAUCAUUCAAAUCUUCUUUGUAACUUCAAUCAAUCAAAACUUUAAAAGUUAAAUUAUUUGACAUUUAAUUUAUUUCAAUCUAUUAAUAAAUUUGAAUUUAAAAUAAACAUUUUGAAUACUAUACUAUGUAGUAAAAAGUUUUAAACUUUAACGAAGUUUCAGUUUUGCUUUGAAAUUUACAUGAAAAUAGGUAUAAAAUAAAGCUUGUGUGAGCUGUUAUAUUACAGCAUUCUUCCAUUAUCAGCACAGCAGUUACUGCAUUUAACGUUUAAUGUGUUUGUAGCGACGACAUGAAUCAAAACUGCAGUUAUAGGUGUCAUAAAUAUUAAAGUCCCUUAUUAACACAAAAGACACCAAUUUGACCGGUACAAACUGUAUUUUUUAUGUCAUUUUUAUGGAAUAAAUGCAAAAGUCACCACAUUAUUUGUUUUAAAUAUUACAGCAUGUUUCCAGCAGAAACUGUGAAAACGGGUAUGCAGUAUUGAACGUUACACAUAUGACAGUAUUUAUCAGUUAAAUAACCGUGUAAGAGAAGGAAAAUGUUUUUUUCAAGAGAAGAUUCACUUAUUUACAGUGAUUCAGUGUUAAACAUAUAAAGAGCAUCAAACUGUUUUAGAGUUUAGAGAUUUUUACUGUAAAAUUUGCAAACAUUUUUUACAGCGGUUUGGUUCCAGUCUUUGUUUUCUUGUAAAACUCUCCUACCAUAAAGAACAAACUCAGAGUUUUUUAGAUUCUAUUUCAGGCUGAACAGAAUAAACAUCCUCCGUCCCCCUCUUUGAAGAUGGAAACCACCUCGCUGGUCUUCAGCUCUACGCUGAAGACCUGCACCAGCCGAGACGUCCACACAGAAUCCAGAACCUCCAGCAGCAGCUCAGAGUGAUCCUCAUCCACAUCCUCAACCUCACUGAUCUCAGUUUUUUCACAACCUCAACUCCUCAAAGAGCUCUUUCCGUCACCAAACAACAUCCACAGUCCAGAAGAAAACUAAAGUAAACGAAACCUCGUGAUCAAAGAACUUCUAAAUAACAACAAUGGACGAGUAACACACGUUAUUGUUAUUAUUAAUAUGUAAUUCUAAGGUGUAGGAGAGCAGCAAAGAAUGUAGUGUGUGUGUGUGUGUGUGUUUAGGCUCUUCCAAUCACAUUUAAUUAUUCAUCCAACAUGAAUAAAUCCCUUCUGGCAUCA